AGUGGAAAGAGCGGUAUGGCGUAGUGUUGAUUAAUGGGAAGUUUUGAAAUCUGAACAGUUUCUCUGAAUCUUUAUUAUUCUUGUUUGAAUCACUUAAUCAACAGAAAUGGACAGUAUUUUAAAUACAGGAAGGGUGCCAGAAUUUUUUACCAUUUUACUACGUGUUCCACCCAUAUUUUUGAUGGAUAUGAUUUGCAGUUCUAAACGAUGUAUAAGCCUAGAUGGUUGGCUUAUAUUUACGAAACUCGCUUCUUUUAUCUUGCAUCUCCCGCUUUACAUUAAAUCAGAUGCAUUAUUAGACAACUUGCCUAUUCCACAUUUGGAAGACGUUACGUAUUUCGUUUGGCAGAUAUUUGGUUUCCUGAUGUCUCUUCUGCUUCUGACUCAAAAGACUCAGCAUUUGAUAGCAUUUUACUUGUCAGUUGCUGCUUUAGGAGUGAUUGUGUGGUCAUACAUUUUGAAUGUGGAAUAUGUCAAGUACUGUUCUGAUCUUCUUAUUGAACAUUCUAGUCUACAGCAUGAGCUUUUUGUUUUAAAUAGAAAGGCUUUGCAAAUUUUCUUUUGCAGUUAUAUGUCCCAGUCCUUUUUCUCCAUUGUGUUUUGUUUCUCAACAAUGAAUUUGCCUGAUUUUACACGUAAAAAGUUUUUGGUUGGAGCUUUAUUCAUUUUUCCUAUUUUAGUGAAUGCAGCAUUACCAUCUACUGUAUUGAUGAUUGCUCCUGAAUUAGUUGCUUUUACAACAUUUACUAUUUUUGUGUGGCAUCUAGUUAAGCAUCUUUCUAAAUUGCCAAAUUACUUUUGGUUAUUUACAGUGUCUUGGAAUUUUUCAUUCAGAUUUACAAGAAUUCUAAAUAAUUUAGCAUUCCACUGGUCUGAUUUUAAAAUUACUCAAGUUUUACAAAUGUUUGCUGUUAUUCGUUUAGUUAAAAAUCUUAUGUUUCUGUUGUAUGAUUAUAUAUUUAUUGAAUAUUAUGAAAUGGAAAUUUCCGAUUUUUAUUCUCAGCAACUUGUGUAUAAUAUAUUUAAACAAAUAACUGUUGUAAGUUUUGAAAAUAUUGUAGCAGUUUGUGGGAUCACCUCAAUUAUAGCUUAUGUUGUUAAUAAAUUGAUCCAUAAUGUUGUGCAAAACUUCCUAAUUGUACCUGAUAUUGAGCGAAGUAGCAUAACUGGCAUGAUUUCACAAUUGUUAGUACUCCUUUGUAUACAGUUUGAUGUUACUAGUCUAGAACCAGAGGAGCGAUUUCAAGUCCUCUCUAAUAUUAGCUGGAUGGUGGGUAUAUGUGUAUUAAGUAGAAUAAAUCUUCAAAUUUGUAAGAAGUUAAUUUGUUUAAGCGUAAUGGGAAAUGCAUCAUAUAAGAAACAUGCUAGAGCACUUACAGUAGCGUUUUGUACUUUUAUUAUUAGUUCUUCAUGGUUGAUUCUAAUUUUUAAAUCAUAUUUAUCUGAUAUUUCAUUUCUUUUGCAAAUCCCAUUCCUGUUUCCUGUUACAAUAUUCAAUGUUGAAAUUUUGAUAAAUCUUGUCAUUUCUUUGAUUAUAUAUGUAUUAAAUUUGAUCCAUUACCAUUGUUGUACUUUGUGGUAUGAACUUGAUGAUUAUAUUUAUUAUCUCGAAAGUAUAAAAAAUGUAGUCACAGUUAUUUUAACAGUAAUUCUUUUUAUUAAAGGAAUUUAUAAACUUUUUGAAUAUGGUAGUAUUUUACGUUUACUGCUUCUUUUUGUUCAUUUUUAUCACAAUGUUUGGCGUCAGUUACUUUUGGGAUGGAAUCACUGGAAAGAGAGAAGACUGAUUUAUCAUUGUGUGAAUUCCUUACCAAUUGCUACAGUUCAAGAAGCAACUGAGAUGGGAGGUUGUUGUGCAAUUUGUUUAAAUGAUGUUUUGAAACAUGUUGGGUGUAUUACUCGUUGCAAUCACUUUUUUCACAGUUAUUGUUUAAGAAAAUGGUUGAAUGAACGCAAGACAUGCCCAAUAUGCCAUAGAAUUAUUCUUUCAGAUUCUUCUACACAAGUUAGAGAAAGGCGAAGAUUGCAUACAAAUUGAUUAUUUAUUAUUAUUUUUGCAAUGAAAUUUGCCCCAAUUCAUUCAGUUUGAUGUUGAUACACUUAAUUCAUAAUUUUUCAUUUUAAUGACUCUUAUGUGUCUGUGGUUAUUUUAAAAACACUUGAUGAUAAGAAGUGUUUCUGUGAUAAAAAAAGAUUCGUAAUUAGUAUGUAAAUUAUUCUAAUAGACAAAAUUAUCAAGUUAUAGAAUCGUUUUCUAAAAUAGCGGUAACUUAGAUUAUAAAUAAGAAAAGAAACUUGAGCGUAAGUAGUGAGUUUCUAAAGUAUAGAAUUAAUAAAUUUAAGCCAUGUGGUUAAUAAUUUUUGGUCGCAGUUUCAGAAGUUUUAGUAAAUUUUUAGAUAUUCUGCAAAAAGAAAAAAAAAAAAAUCAUUGUCUAUUUUUUAAUCAUAAAAGUUAUUUUAUUUUUAAAAAUGGUUUAAAAAAAAAAACUGCAUAUA